AUGGGCCUGAGGCAAUUAGCGGCUUGGGGUUAUUCCCUGACAAAUGACGACAGCGGUGAGAACUCAAAAACUUUUAUCGCCCACGUCGGGCCCAGAUUAGCCGGCUUCAUUGGCGAGAACGGCAUGGCUGGGCCCAAGGCAGGAUUCUCAAGCGCGUUCUUCAUGACCUGGUUCGGCUCGCUGGUUGCCACCAACCACCAUUUGGACCCGUAG